GGUGUGGACGUGUGGGUGGUGGGCUGAGUUCCAGCGCUCGUGUUUAAUUCCGUGGCCUGGUGGGGUGAUUCGAGUGUAGCUGUGAUAUUUGAAUCAUAUGAACACCUGAUAAAAGUGCCUGUUCACAAUGGAUACCAAGGAGAAGGUGACAGAGCCAGAGAUUAAAGGCUGGCUCUACAAGUGGACAAAUUACAUAAAGGGAUAUCAGAAGAGGUGGUUUGUGCUUUCCAAUGGACUGCUUUCAUACUACAGGACCCAGGCGGAGAUGGCGCACACGUGCCGGGGCACCAUCAGCCUGCACGGCGCGGCGAUCCACUGCGAGGACUCGUGCAACUUCAUCAUCUCCAACGUGUCCAAUGGUGGCACACAGACGUUCCACCUGAAGACGCCCAACGAGAUCGAGCGCCAGCGCUGGAUCACCGCGCUGGAGCUGGCUAAGGCCAAGGCUAUCAGGGCACUCGACUCUGAGGAGGAUGGCUUCGAUGAAGAAGAAGAGCCAGACAAGGGCGAUAUCCAGGCCGUGAUCAGCACGCUGAACGCGAAGCUGGAGGACUUGCAAACUUGUCACGAUCUGAUCGCAAAGCACGCCUCCACCCUACACAGAUCCCUGGCCGACUUGGAGAACUCGGAGAGCGCUCAGGAGGUCACGGCGAAGGUGAAGCAGGUCAACGGGAGGGCGACGCUGUUUCGAAUCACGUCUACAGCUAUGAUUAAGGCGUGCGCCGACUACCGGGACCUGGUGCAGACGCACGGCCGCAAGUGGCAGCGCAUGUUCCAGCACGAGCGCGACCAGCGCAGCCGGCUGGAGCAGAUGGUGGAGCAGCUGGCCCGACAGCACUCCCACCUGGAGAACGAGGCCAAACAGCUGGAGGUCAAGCAGCUCAUCAAGAAAGACAGUCUCACUGGUGUGGCCAGUAUCCAGUCGAGCGAUGACGAGUUCGAGGAUGCGGCCGACGACUUCGGCAGCCACUUCACGGUGGCCGUGCCCACCAACCACAAGCGCUCGGGCAGUAACGUGUCGCAGACGUCCGAGGGCCGGGACAAGCUGCCGAACGAGUCCGACUCGAGCAACGAGGAGGACAACUCGGAGAUGGUCGGCGUCAUCGCCCACAAGCCGGACAAACAGAAGCGACGUCCCGGAUCGGGCAAUGGUGACUCGCCGCCAAACUUCUCGGCCGACAUGGCGCACAAGCCAGUCAAGAGCGCGCGCAAACGGCGCACCAGCAUCCCGGAGAAGCCCAACUACCCGCUCAAUCUGUGGAGCAUCAUGAAAAACUCGAUCGGCAAGGAGCUGACCAAAAUCCCUGUGCCGGUGAACUUCUCGGAGCCACUCUCCAUGCUGCAGCGCCUGACGGAGGACUUCGAGUACAGCUAUCUGCUGGACAGGGCGGCCGAGUGCUCCGACUCGUGCGAGCAGAUGUGCUAUGUGGCGGCGUUCACAGUCAGCGCGUACUCCACCACCAGCACGCGCUCUGGCAAGCCGUUUAACCCGCUGCUCGGCGAGACGUACGAGUGCGACCGGCGCGACGACUUCGGCUGGAGGGCCGUCUCCGAACAGGUGUCGCACCAUCCUCCGAUGGUGGCCCAGCACUGCGACGGCCCCGGCUGGGAGUGCUACCAGGAGUUCACCAUGUCGUCCAAGUUCCGCGGCAAAUACCUGCAGGUCAUCCCGCUGGGCAUUUCACACCUGCACUUCCCGAAGACAGGCAACCACUUCACGUGGCGCAAGGUGACCACGACCGUGCACAACAUCAUCGUUGGCCGACUGUGGGUGGACCAGCACGGCGACAUGGAGAUCGUCAACCACAAGACGGGCGACAAGUGCAACCUCAAGUACGUCCCGUACAGCUACUUCUCGCGGGACGUGCUGAGGAAGGUGACGGGCUGCGUGUCGGACGCCAACGGCCAGGUCCGGUGGGUGCUGAUGGGCACUUGGGACCAGAAGAUGGAGUGCUGCAAGGUGCUCAACUCCAACACGUCCGUCAAGGGCAAGCCGGUCAUCGAGACCGGGCCGCCGCGCAUGCUCUGGAAGGCCAACACCUUGCCGUCGGAUGCAGAGAAGUACUACAACUUCAGCCAGCUGGCGAUGGAGCUGAACGAGCCGGAGGAGAACGUGUCUCCGACGGACUGCCGGCUGCGGCCCGACCAGCGGCUCAUGGAGCAGGCGCUCUGGGACGAGGCCAACGAAGAGAAAGUCAGGCUGGAGGAGAAGCAGCGGGCGGCGCGGCGGCGGAGAGAGGCGGAGGCGGAGGCGGCAGCUGCCGAGGGUACGUCAUCAGCCGAUGGCGUCGAGUACAAGGGGUACACACCAUCGUGGUUCCGCAAGGAGCUGGACCCGUACACCAAUCAGUACACGCACAUGUACACGCGUGACUACUGGGACUGCAAGGAGAAGCAGGACUGGUCGCGCUGCCCGGACAUCUUCUAAGCGGCGGUGCCCGCCCGAUUCCCCGGCUGGCGCGCGCGGCCGCCGCCGCCCUGUGAUCUGCGGGGCGCGAGCCCGCUCGUGCGCGCCCGAGGGACGCCUGGUCUUCCGGCGUGGCGGCGGCGCAGCGCCUGUGCCGCGGCGCCGGCCACGCCCUGGCACGAGACCAGGCGCCGGCCGAUCAUGUCCGCAGCCGAACGGCCGGGCCGUGCACGAGUGUGAUUGCUAGCACGACGUGUCCCGGCCUCUGUGCGUGCGGCGUGUCUUUCUGGGUGUGUUUUGUCGCGAGACGCUGGCUGCGCGCCACCGUCCAGUCGAGCAUUCCCCUGUCCCUUCCGCGGCGAUGUGGCGUGGUCCGCGGCGGACGCGCCGGCCGGCACCGAGCCGGCCGGCCGACCCAGCCAGGCUGGGCCGGCGGAGCACCGCGGCCGGUGAGAGGUCGUCGCGUGUGCUGCCCGUGGCGCGGGCCGGUCUUCCGCCGACCGGCGCCGCUGGCACGGCCUGGGCCUGAGGGGUGUCGCGGUCGGGUCGGCGGCCGGAGGUGGGCCGCGUGCGGAGCAGGCCGCAGCCGCGCGACGUUUUAUCAGAAGGGACGCAGUCCCACCCCGCCCGUAGGCAUAGUGCCCCCGGCUGGUGCUGGCCGAGGUAGCCACGCGCCUUGUGUGUGUUGGGCGACGGUGUGUGCAUUGCCUUGGCGCGCGGGCGGCUGCCGGGCCAGGCCGAUCAGUGGCUGCGGGGGCCCGGCGACGCUGCGGAGCGCGCAAUAUUAACGCUUGGUGAUUGUGAUGGGCGUGGGGAGGCCGGACAGGCCGGACGGGCCGGACAGGCCGGUCAGGCCGGGCCGGGCCAGGCCGGGCUGGGCCAGGCUGAGUGCAGCGCUGUAGGCUGCUGGGGUUUACAAUAUAAUCUUGUAUUUAUGUGUGCUGCGGUGGCCGCCGAGCCGGCGGGGCCGCCGGCCGCCGGCCGCCAGCCGCCAGCUCGGUGCUGUCGCCGAUCAUCGCUGUGUCGUGCUGCCGUAGACUGUAGGGCGCUGCUGGGGAGCCGGCGCGCACCCUGUCUGGGAGCGGCUGCUGGCGGCGUGGACGGCCGGGCCGACGGCGGCCGCCAUAGAACGCGCGGUGCGGUGUAUCGGUCGGCCCCUCACGCGUGCUCGACUCCAAAUAUAUCCACCCAGGUGAAGA